AAGGAAGAAAGUGGCUACUGUAGAGUUUUAGGUGUCUGUGAGUAAAUGUCAGAGAAGCUAAAAAUCCAUCCCAGAUCCUGUCUGACACUGCUGCCACGGGCCAAGUAAGCCUAGGAGUGCUGUUUAGUUCUAUUUCCUCUGAAAGUAUAUUGUCAGUGUAUUUUGUCUCAUGCCUUGGAGGAUUUCUUCACGGGCUGCUUCUCCAGCCUUUUUUCUUUAAGAGCAGAGUGCCUGAGCAAAUCAGGUGCUGCCAUUCUGUUUCCAUAGCAAUAAAAGAAACAAACCUUGGGCUGCCAUCUCCCCAGGACAAACCUCACAACUCAAGGCCUAAGUCAAGAGAAUCUGACUGGAGGGGUGACUUUCUCCCCUAGUUUGACUUGCAUUGCAAUUUUGAAAUAUUCAGACUGAAUUGUGUUUAGAAGGGACAUUUGCACUCAUGCCAGUUCAGCCUUUGUAAAAGCCUGUGGCUAGAUUCACUGGAAGUCUGUCUCUCUGCACUACACAUACUCUGCACUUUCUGCUUUGGCGUUUUAAUCACUUGGAAUGACCACUGAAGUCUUGAGCUCUGGAACCUCUGGAUUUGACCUACAAUAAAUUCUGAUUUUGUAUCGAUGGGCAACAGCUUCUCUAUAACAUUGUGGUAUCUUUAAGACUCUCAACUUGGAAAGAAACCACGUGGGAAAAACAAAUCUUUGGACAAUCCAAGCAGGGGCCUUCUGACCUAGCAGCCAAGGCUCCCUGGGACCUCCUGCCAUGUACCCCAACCCUGUCAUCUACUGCACCUGCUGGGACCCCUGGAACUUGGGACCACGGAAGCUAAUCAAGACCCCUCAAUCACCAAGAAAAAGCUCCACAGGGAAGCCCCAGCUAACUCCUCUCCCUCCACCUUCAAAAAAACAAAAUUAUGACCAACCAAGAACAAAAGCUGUUGCCUCCCCAAAAGUGAAAAUCCAUUUAGGAAAACAAGAGGAGAGCAAUAAAUUGCCUUAUGAAGUGAUCAACGUGUCACCUGGCUAUCGCCUCAUUCGGAAUAGGGAGCAGAUUUCCGUUGCCUUGGGAGAUGAGAUGUUUGAUAGGAAAAAGAGAUCAGAGAUCAUGGACAAAAUCAAAAUUUCCAGGACUGAUAUCAUUACUGAUCUAGAAGAACAGAUCUCAGAACUGAUGGUAAUAAUAGAGCAAAUGAACAGAGACCACCAGUCUGUCGAAAAAUUGCUCUCCAAUGAAAUGGAUCGCCGCUAUGCUGAGAUGCAACAGACAUUUGAAAACAAGAACAGGGAGCUCAAAGAGGCUCAUGCAGCAGAGCUCACUGAGUUGGAGAAUAACUACAAAGCAGCCUUAGAGGCAGAGAAGUUGGCUGCCCAGGAAAAACUAGAGGAGAUGGAAAAGGAAUAUAAGUAUUUGAAGAGUAUGUUUCAUAUGUAUCAGGACAGCAUUUAUGAUGAAAUGGAAGAUAAGUGGUUGAGGAAGAAGGCAGAAUGGGAGAAGAAUGAGCAGAUGGAGUGGGAAAAGAUCCUGCUACGGCAAAAAAAUAAGAUGACAAAAAAGUUUGGGUUAAAGUCAGAAGAAGAAAAGGAGAGAAUAAAUUACUCCUACAGUGCUGCCUUUGAGAACUUCAAUCGAGAGAAGGAGGAGCUCUUGAAACAACAUGAAAAGGACACCUUGCAAUUAGAGAAACUAAAAAAGACCAAAGAGGUCAUGGAGGAAGAGCUGAAUGCACAAGCUGUUAUCUUAGAAUCACUUAACACUACCCUCUACCACACCCAGAUGGAACUCCAGAGAGAGAAAGCUGUGGUAGGAAAUCUGGAGAAAACGUUCCAAACCAAGCUCGCCGAAUCUGAAGAGAAGUUUAAAUACACUAUACAGCUCCUGACAGAAGAAAACAUUCAUCUGAGGCAAAAGAUAAUUGUCAAGAAUGAAAAAAUUUAUGAAGAACGAUCUGGAAAAUCAACCUCUGUUAGUAUUUAUGAGGAUGAUUCUGACACUUUAGAAGAUAGUAGCAACAAAAGACAAGAAUUAUGAGCAGAAAAAUUGUUCUCCAUCAUCAAAGAUGGUAGAAACAGCUCCUCUGCAGGAAAGAAACCUCUCAUGUGA